UGAAAAUGGCCGACGAUGAUAAACAUACCUUGGACUUAUCAAAAAAGGAUCUGAAAAAAUUGGAAAAGCGGGAUGGAAUUGGCAUACAGAAAUUAAUUCUGGACAACAAUGAGUUACUAAAAUUGGAACAUCUUGACUGUUUUCCAGAUUUGGAAAAGCUUUCAGCAAAAAAUAACUGCCUCAGUAGAAUGUAUGGUGUUUCAAAGCUUCAUUAUCUUGUCAGCUUGAGUCUUUCCCAUAACAAUAUUAUUUCAAUUGAAGGUUUAAAGGAACUUCACAGCUUAACAUGGCUUGACUUGGCAGGUAACAAAAUCAAGUUAAUCCAAAACCUUCAGCACAACAGAAAUAUCAUUUAUUUGGACUUGUCUGACAACAACAUUGAAAGCCUAGGAGACUUGUCACAUCUUGAAAAACUGAAGACUUUACAUCUAAGAGGAAAUCAUAUUUUCAAUCUACAAGGGGCAUCUUCUUACCUACCGCCAUCCAUUUGCAUCUUGUCUUUAGCAGAUAAUAAUCUGUCAGACUUAAAUGAAAUAUCUCACUUGUCUUCACUCACUUCUUUAGAACGUCUAACUAUAAAUAAUAAUCCUUGCGUUGUGUUGACUGGUCAGACAGUUGGAUUUGAUUAUAGACCUUUUGUUGUCAAUUGGUGUUUAGGGGUACGUGUGCUUGAUAAUUACGUAGUCACGCAGAGGGAAAGCUUGAAGGCUGAAUGGCUGUUCAGUCAAGGUAAGGGUCGCCACUUUAGACCAGGAGAACAUAUAGAACUUAUAGAAUAUCUAGCUCAUGUGUGCCCUCUUACCUCUGUUAGUCAGAUGUCCACAGAAGAGGAAGAGCGUUUAACUCGUGUUCUCAAAAUGAAACGACAGCACAAAGAACAGCUGCUUCACGAACUUUCUACCGUUCGAGGAGCCUCAGAGAAUGAUACAACUACUACACAGAACCCUAGUCAACAGUGGUCUUUAAGGAAGGAGUUCAGUCAACCACAGAAUUCUCCUUCUCCUGCUCGUUCAAAAAAAACUAAUUUACAGAAUAGUUAUACUGAUCAGACACCUAGACAUAAUGAGAGUUUUGUUGAUAAUCAUGUUCAGCAUUGGAGUAACAUUCAUUCACAAAAUACAGCUGGUUCAGUGUUACAUGUAGAGAGUGCUGUUACAUAUAAAGAAAAGAACAAGAAUUUAUCCAAAACACCUCCUCCCAUAAGUGAGCAACAACUGUGGAUAUCAAGAAAUGACAAGAUAAUAAAAUGCCAUACUGAGACUCCAAAUUCUUCGCAGCAGUGUUCAGAUAGUGUUAUUGAGCUUAUUGAAGGUCUGUAUUAUAGACUAAUAUAUUGUUAUUCUCAGAAUCUUACUAUAAAUAUGAUCCAUUAUGUGUGUAUUAGCAUCAAUCACCCAGAAUUGGCUGGCUUUAUUACUUUUCAACCAGUUUUGCCAGAUACAACAAAGGUUGAAAAAGUUGACAGUGCAGUACAGACCAGCCCACACCACCGUUUUCCAUUUCCUGUCAUCUCUUCUGAUCCAUCACAAGCUCCUCAGCAAUUAAUGAGUGGCCAACAGCAGCAAAAAGAAAGAACAGUUAAAGAAAACCUUGUUAGAACCUCUUCAGAUGAUGGUAGCAUACAUGUUUCUAGAAAUCAGGAGCAGGGUGCAACUUCUGAGGAAGAUCAAAUUAUGUCAAGUGAAGAAACUGCUCUAGAAUUACCACAAAUAGCAGUUCCAUCUUCUUCAACAGAGAGCUCUUCCUUAAUGCCAGCUGUUGGUAGUGCCCCACCUUCAUCUGUUUCGCAUAAUUCUUCUCCUCAGACUGACUCAGGAGUCCAUAGUGUGAAAACCUCUAGUUUUUUGUCCUCUUCAAAUGGCCAUAGUAACCAAACAUAUGGUUUUGAGAACCAGGAAGAGUUACCAACAAGUGGACUCUCUGCAAUCCUUCUCCAAGAUUCUGGUCUUGGAAAUUCAAAUGUGUCAUCUUCUAGAGACAGUGGUGUUGCUUCUGCCAAUGAACUACCUGUUUCUAUAGUUACUAAUCUCAACAAUUUUGAAAGUACUAUUAUAACUACUACUUCCUGCACCAGAGUUCUAAGCUCCUUGACAACAUCAUCUUUAACUUCAAAUAGCUCUGGUACAAUUAUGACAGAUACUACAUCUCACAGUGAUGAACUUUUCCAGAGACAAGGUCCUAUUAUUCAUGAUCAUAUUCCCUAUGAGGUACCAAUUAAUCAGAGUGACGAUGAUCAAGCAGCAGCCCAAAACUUGCCAGAAUCACCAACAAGACCAGCAGGCCAGAACUUACCUAAAUUGCUAACAAGACCAGACCAUCACUUGUCAAAUACUGGAACUGUGUUUCAAACACCUGAAAGAACAGACAUUGGAAACAACUUGACAGAAUCAGCAAAGCUUCGAAGUAGACUACCUUUUUAUACUGAUGACAUGAAAAUAAUGAUUGGAGAAGAUGUAGACUUUCAGCAUGGACAAACUCUUCCAGUGGCCACAUCUUCUGUAACUGAUGACAGCAAAACUAUUUCAGAACAACUUCAGAUAAGACUUGAUAAUCAAGAAGAUAAUCAGUUUAGAUCAGAUGAUACUUCAUCAACAACUCUAUAUACAGUUGAAAGCAUUGGUACCUUGCAGGACAACAUGAGUGAUGAUGAUAGUUUAGCAGAAGCUUUUUCGGCCCAGUCUACUUUUAGUGAUCAAGAAACUGUAGAUACAGAGAGCGCAUCAUCUAACCACACACUUGCAGAUCAACGUAGUACAACAGUACAUCAUGAAGAGUUGAAUACAGAUUUUAUUCCAUUGACCAUUUCAGGAAAUGCUUCUGAAAGCACGUUAACAGUGUCAAGUGUCACAUCUCUACAAACUGCAAUGAGUGAUUUAAGUGGUGAGGAAAGUGAGAAUGAAGACACUUUUAGUAUGGGAACUGUAGUAUCUCCACCCAUUUCCAUACAAAAUGUUUAUGAAGCAUCAGGAAUAACCACUGACUUUGUGUAUAGGCUGAAGAAUUCCCAUGAGAAUGAGGUUGGAGAAAGUGUUUUACCUAGUGCCAAUGUUAUACACUGUGAUUUUACAGUUUCUAAAGACAGCAGUGCAACUUCUCAUGUUGUAAACCAGGAAUGCACUGUUCAAGGCUAUUCACAAACUGAAGGAGGUCCUUCCUCAAGUGAUAGAAUCCAAAUGUCAACAGCAAGAAGUAGUGACUCUCCGCAACAAGUGAAAUACGGACGCAAGCUUGGGGCUAACAUCCCUGGUUUAGUACAGUCUAAUCUUUCCAGACCUGUUUCCUGCUCCCCACCACUCCAGAUUUCCUCACAGUCACAACUAAUACCAUCAGCUGAUAACAAUCACAUUUUUACAGCAGAGGAAGAUGUAGAGGGUAACCGUUCCAGGUUCACAGCAGAGGAAGAUGUAGAGGUUAAUACUUUAAACAGAGUGAACCAGAAGAAGCCUGAAAGUUCUGAUUCAGACAAGAAUACCAGUAAUUAAUUUAUGAAAUAAUGGAAGUAACUAUAAAAAGCUAGUUUAUUAUUAGUUAAUAAUAAAAAAUUACUACAAGAACAGUUUUGCAAAGAACCAAGUUGUUCAGAAAAGACACCACUACUGUACAGUAUUGUUAGUAGUAAUUUUCUGUAUGGUCAAAUGUAUUUAUUUAUACAAAAUGUUUUGGAGUUUUUGAACAGCUAUCUGAUUUAGAAAGUAUUAUUUGAGCAGCAUCAUUAAAUUAUUUUUCUUUUGUCAAACUAAAUUUAUCUGUAGUCUUAGAAUAUGAAAACAAAACUAGGAGGACUCAAAAGUUGCCCAAAUACUAAUGUAUCAUUUUACAAUUCUAUUUUUACAGUGUUUAUGUGGUGAUAGGACUUGCUGUAAAGUAACAACAUAAUUAGUUAAAACACUGUUGAAGCUUUUAUCUAAUUACCUUUGCUUAUUGCUAGUCUAGCACUUGUGCAUCAUGUGAACAAGUUUUUGGUGUUAAAAAACUCUGCUGGAGCUUAUUAGCAUUCUCUACAGAAACUUUAACCUGUAGCUAUGAGUUCAGAGUUACGCACUAUCAAAAAUAAUGAU